AUGCUGAUAACCUCAAAAACUGGUAGAGCUGUGAUUGCCUACGAAGAGCACCGAAAAGAAUACAUCGAAAUCUUCACGAACCUUCGUGCCGAACAUCCUGACGUCUCUAUAGAGGAAUUGGAAAAGUUGGCAUUGGAGCGCGCUGUGAACAAGCAGAAGAAGAGUCGAGCAUUCUAUCGAAUUCAAGCCACUCGUCUAUUGACCCGUCAAGGUGAUAUCACGAAAACUAUGCUAAAGAAGAAAGCCCAAAAACUGAUCAAGCCGCUAACGCAAAAGCAGGACGUGGUCGUCGUUGAAUUCGAUCCAGCUUACUACGUAUGUCUUGAGAAUGCAAAGACGGUCAAAUUAAAGGUGCGCUGUGCUCGUGGAUCCACCGAUCCCAACUCCACCGUCACUGUGCAUUACAGAACUGUCGCUGACACCGCUCAAGAGCACUCAGAUUUCAUUCCCGUCGAAGGAAUGCUGACCUUCAAACCUGGAGUGAAAGAGCAAGAAAUAAAAAUAGCCAUAGUUAACAACGACGUUUACGAAGAAGACGAGCAGCUUCUAGUGCGACUAUCUCAGGUUCGCGCUUACUCGCCGUCUCAGUCGGCUCCGAUUCCUGUCUGUCUCGGUGCAGCUUCUACUGCAACGGUCUUGAUUGUCGAUGACGACCAUGCUGGAGCAUUUGGAUUCGCUUCCGAAAAAUUCAAAGUUUCUGAGAGUGCUGGAGAAUAUGUGGCCACGGUUCUUCGUACAAGAGGUGCUCGUGGAGAGGUACUGAUUCCUUACAAAACCGUAGACGGUCUUGCUACGGCCGGCAAGGAUUACGUGCACCGCGAAGGAGUUCUACGAUUCGGCGAGGAACAAAUAAAGGCGGAGAUUCGCAUUCCAAUCAUCAACGACGAUGAAUAUGAAAAGAGUGAGGAUUUCUACAUUGAGUUGGGAGAACCGAUCUGGGGCACUGAUAGUGAAAAGACGGAAGGAAAUGAUGGCCGGCCAGUACUGUCACUUUAUCGCUGUAAGGUGGUAAUCACCGAAGACAAAGAUUUCAAGAAUUUCAUUAACCGAAUGCUCGUCAACGCCAACACUUCGAUCAUGAUCGGUACGAGUUCUUGGAAGCAGCAGUUCAACGAAGCUAUCACCAUUAUAGGAGAUGACGACGGAAGGAUAACUUGGAAAGCGAAGUGCAUGCACUAUAUUGCGCUACCGUGGAAGCUUUUGUUUUCGUUAGUCCCGCCAACUGACUAUUAUAAAGGGUGGUUAUCUUUUCUCGUUGCUAUUGUAAUGAUCGGUAUACUAACGGCCAUCAUUGGCGAUUUGGCAUCGCAUUUCGGUUGCACUGUGGGAAUGAAGGACACAACAACUGCCAUCACUCUUGUAGCGAUGGGAACCAGCCUGCCUGAUAUGUUCGCGUCGCGGACAGCCGCUGUUCAGGACAAAUGGGCGGACAGUUCUAUCGGGAACGUAACGGGUUCAAAUGCCGUCAACGUCUUUCUGGGUAUUGGAAUUUCAUGGGCAAUCGCCGCGUGUGCACAUGCUUGGAACGGAACCCGAUUCAUCGUGAACGCGGGUUCACUAGCCUUCUCGGUGACGAUGUUCAUCAUCGGUUCAAUCGUCUGUACUGCUGUUCUUCAAUUCAGAAGGCACAACAAAUCCAUCUCUGGCGAAUUAGGUGGUCCCACUCGGAUAAAAUACAUCAGCUCAAUGAUUUUCCUAUUCGUGUGGUUGUCAUAUAUCGUACUCAGCACUCUAGAAGCAUAUUGUGUGAUUCCUGGAUUUUAG